GGCGUUGCUACGAAGAGAAGUUGCUGUAUUCUCUUCCACUCAGUGGUUGACUCAUACUUCCUGUCAGGGAGUCUUCGGCAUAACUGUGAGCCAGAGGCAGCAAGCAUCUUCCUCAUUCUUGACAUGACUCAUCAUUUGUCUUUUGUCCUACUGUCCAUCUUCCUGUCAGUGGCUCCAAAUGGAUGGUGUCAAAAUGAAGAAGUUUGCUAUAAGUCCAUCGUAAAUUCCUGCAAUGACUGUGUCAGAUCUGGGCCAUACUGCGCUUGGUGUCAACAACUGAAUUUCACCAAAGCAGGUGAGCAGGAAUCAGCACGCUGUGAAACGAUAGCUAAAUUGGUGGAAAGAGGCUGCAAAGAAGAAGAAAUUAUCAACCCUGUGAGCAGUCAACAAAUAGAAAGGGAUGAAUUUUUGUCAACAUCAUUCAAUAUGGAAGAGCCUAUCCAGCUAAGUCCACAGAAGAUAAGCCUGAGAUUGCGACCUGGGCUUCCAACCACAUUCAGUGUUUCAUUUAAGAGAGUUCAAGGCUAUCCGGUGGAUCUCUACUACCUGAUGGACUUGUCUUUCUCCAUGAGAGAUGACUUAGAGAAUGUCAAAGACCUUGGGCAAGAUCUCUUUGCAGCGCUAAGGAAAAUUACAGAACAUGCCCAAAUUGGGUUCGGUGCCUUUGUUGAUAAGACCGUCCUUCCAUACACCAACACCAACAAGAAAAAAUUACAGAAGCCAUGCGAUGAGAAUUACCAGUGUCAAGCUACCUUUGGCUACCGGCAUGUGCUUAGUAUGACACCAAGGAUUGAACAGUUCAAAGCUAAAGUAAAAGAGCAGUUGAUUUCUGGGAAUUUGGAUUCUCCAGAAGGGAGCCUUGAUGCCAUGAUGCAAGCUGCUGUUUGUGGGGACAAGAUAGGUUGGAGGAACAGUAGCACUCGACUGCUCGUGUUGGCAACUGAUGAUGGAUUCCACAUGGCCGGAGAUGGAAAACUGGCUGGUAUCCUGGAACCAAAUGAUGAACAGUGCCACAUGAAAAACAGCCUUUACACCAAGAGCAAUGAAAUGGACUACCCCUCCGUUGGACAAGUAGCGAUGCAGUUGGAAAAAGAACAUAUUCAACCCAUAUUUGCUGUGACAAAAGAUGUGGAAAAAAUGUACAAGCAACUCUCCAAAAUGAUUCCGAAAUCGGAGGUGGGAGUUCUUUCCCAAGAUUCUAGAAAUGUUGUUCAACUGAUUGAAAAUGCAUACAAAAGGUUGUCCUCCAAAGUGACCCUAACCCAUGAUACGCUCCCUGAAAAUGUAAGAGUUGUCUACACUCCACGUUGUGAUGAUCCAAAAGAAGAAGGGGAUAACAAAGGAGUUUGUGACAAUGUACAUGUGGGACAGAAGAUUUCUUUUGAUGUAACAGUAACAGCGGACUCAUGCAUCGAGAACAAGACAUUCUCGAUCAGACCACUUGGUAUUAAAGACACGUUGACAGUGAGCUUAUCUUCGAGCUGUGAGUGUCAGUGUAAAGACCCAAGCGAAAGUAGCCAACAAUAUUGCAAAGGCAGAGGAAGAAUAAGAUGUGGUAUUUGCAGUUGCAAUCAAGGCUCCGUCGGUCAGUUCUGUGAAUGCGACAUUGGCAACAAAGAUGAACACUCACUGAGAGGAUCAUGUCUGAGCCAAAGUGGUCUUGAAUGUGAGAGUCAUGGAGAUUGCGUGUGUGGCAGAUGCCAGUGCCACACAACAGCAAGUGGAGGCAGUUACUACGGUGACUUCUGUGAAUGUGACGAUGAACACUGUGAGAAAUUCCACAAUAAAUUAUGCGGAGGAAAUGGUAAGUGCAACUGCGGCAAAUGUGAAUGCUACGCGGGCUUUGAUGGCUCAGCAUGUCAAUGCACAGUAUCAAAGGAAGGGUGUCGGACCCCGAAUAAUACCAUUUGCUAUGACAGAGGGAUUUGCAAGUGUAACCGUUGUGAGUGUAAAAAUGGAUACCAACGUCCACAUUGCCAGACAUGUCUCGGUUGCCCUGAUGCCUGCCAAAUCAAACUGAACUGUAUUGAAUGCCUUGGCUUUCAAUCUGGUCCAUUAAAGAAAAACUGCAGUAUGGCUUGCGGACCGAGUAUUUCGCAUAAAAUGGUAGAUCAUUUCACUCUUUCGAACUCGCUGUGCCGGCAAAGGGACACGACUGGCUGCUGGAUCCAAUUCAAGCUGGAUCAACUGUUUGGAGAGGAUAACUACAUGGCUGAAAUUCUGAAAGAGAGAGACUGUCCAGAACCACCCAGCGUCGCGGCGAUCAUCGGAGGUUCCAUUGCAUCUGUGGCUCUCAUUGGCAUCUUGUUGUUAAUGCUGAUUAAGUUGCUUAUCUACAUGAAGGAUCUCAAAGAGUUCCGGAAGUUUGAAAGUGAAAAGAAGAAAUCUAAAUGGGCAGAGGCAGACAAUCCACUCUUCCAAAAUGCCACCACUACUGUGAGCAAUCCCACUUUUACUGGAGAAUGAAAAUGAGACAGCCUCAGAACGUGUUGCAUCAAAUUAAAGAUGUUUUUUCUUCCUACAAAAAAUAUUAAAUGUCUGAGUUUAAAAGUGAAUUUUCCAAAAUGAUGUAUGUUGUUUAUUUACAAUGUUGACCAGGUAAUUUGCUGUGUUAAAACACAUUUCAAUGUAUAGUUUUUUAACUGCUAAACAUAGCUGAAUUUACAUAGUCCUUUGUAUUUUCAAUUAAAAGCAAAUUAAGUUGUCUCUGCUUUUCCUUCUGAUUAAAUACAGCUCUUUAAAAUAUCA